AUAAUAAAGUUGUUAAGGUUGUGUACCUGAACAAAGCUCUUCCGCCAAAGUGUUUGACAACUGUUGAAAAGAAUACGUAGUUCCAUAAAUUUGGCGUCAAAUCAUUGAUAUGUAACACAUGGCAACAGAAGUGUUUUCAAUUGGAAAAUAGGGGAACAGCCGACAUGUGUACUACGUUGCAGAGUAAUAAAGAUGACUUUAAAGUGGAAGGUACAGGUCAUACAGAAAGCAAACACAAUUCAGAUUUUAACACUAUAGAAACGUCGGAUAGCGACGAUGAGUUACGUUUCUCAAAAACCGAAACAAAAGAAUCUACAGAUGGGCAUGUAAAUAGUUUGAAGAGGAAGCACAGUGAAAGUUGUAACGACAGUGAUUGCGAGUCAGAUAUGUCAACAGAUACUGAAAACAGACUAGUCAUUGACUGCAGUGACUCAGAAAGAAACUCCAAAACACCUGUCGGAAAAAAUAAAUGUGCACAAAAUAAUAAUGUUGAAGAUGAUUCUCGAGUUACAAGGAGUAAAGCAAGGUUAAUAGAAAAAAUGUCGUAUGUUAAUCAAAGUCUUGGUCACAAACCAGUACAGUUUGUUACAAACAAAGAAUAUGAAAUAGAUAAUAAGAAUUUGCGUGAAGAUACCUGUAAGACAUUUGAUGGUAAUGAUUUGGAGAAAUCGUUAAAAAAUGUAAGACUGUCCGGUUGUUUUGACAGUAAAGAUUACACAUUGGAUUCAGAAGUCGCAAAUAAAAUGUCGCAUGACACUGUGAGGCCUGAAGAAGAGCAUGUAGAAAGUUGGAGUAUUAGUAAGAGUACAAGAAUAGAGCAAGAGUUUCCCGCUAAUGAACCCGGUUCUGCUCAGAAGCUGAUAGAUGUAGACGCGGAGGCACAGGAUGCGAUGAAGGUUGCAGGAUUGAAUGUCUCGACUCCUGGCUUUAAUGUGUCGUACAGGUUAUGGAAACUGAGUAAGGAUGAAGGUCAUCCAGAUGAUCGGAAGGAAGGUUUUCUGAAAGGAAAUUGCGCCAGUCAUGAAAUUAAAGUUCUGGUGAGAUGUAAAGUUGAUGGCUAUAAGAUAAACUAUAAUAAAUUACAGAGAUUUUGUGUGGUUCCAAAAAUGGAAUAUCUGACUGAAUAUGGAGCCCAGUGUUUCACACAGAGUGAACUAACUCAGCAGUGGAUUUCAUUACAUGUAAGACCUGGAACUGAUUUAUAUAGAGUACGUGUGAAUGCCUGUACGUCAGAAGUCAUAAUGAUUGAACGCCGUUCACUGCAGGAUGUAGCUCAGGAAACUAUUCAGCAAACAGGUCGUCCUAACAGCAUCAUAUUGGGAACACUGUAUAAUGUACUGCUUGGCUUGGUGGACCUCGACCCAGGAAGUUAUAUUCUUUCUCACACUCCAAAGUUGGGUGCAUUUGUUAAUCUGUGGCAGAGUGCAAGUAAUGGCCGCUUCAAGCUUCAUGAUAUGUACAAAAUAGAUCCAAAGACAACAUCAGUAAGUGAGAGCUCAUUAUGGAUCCCAAUUGAUCACAGUGUUGUUACUCCAUUUCACAGAGCUUGUAAUAGAGUUCCAGGAACUUUCCCACCAACACUCUUUUUCAGAGGAAAACCUGUUUUAAAGAAGAAAAACAAAAAGAAAAAGAAAAAACAGAAGCAAAAGAAAGAAUAGAAGCCAUGAGAAUAAGGAUUUCUUCAGUAUUGAAUCCAAAUCAAUACUUUCCUCUUUGCUCUCUGAAGUCUGCAAAAAUUUUGAAGUAUUUUGAUGUUUCAGAGAAAUUCAUACACACUAUAUCAAUAAUGACGAAACCUUUGUUGUGGAAAGAAUGUCUCUUUAAUAAGUUAAUUCUGUACGUGCAGUAAUAAAGAAAUUCUGUGUCGAAGAAACAAUGA